CCAGACCAGAUGAAGAUGGAGAUCGCCGGGGUCAACUGGGUGCUUGCAGCUGCAGGGUUUCUCCUGUGGACCAGCGGUGGGUCGGCUGCACCCAUGUUGUGCCACUUCAACUCCAGAGCACUGUGCGUGUUCGAGGGGAGGCACUACUCGCUGGGUGAAUCCUGGAUGGACGACGCUUGCAUGCAAUGCACCUGUCUGCACCCCGUCGGCGUCGGCUGCUGCGAGACGGUGCAGAAGCCGGUGGAUUUCCCUGCGUGGUGUGAGGUGCGGGUGGAGCAGGUGUCCUGCAAAGUGUCCCUGGUCCAGACAGCCGACCCCCGUCUGCCCUGCUCCCCAGGCGAGGACAUCCGGGACCCCAGCCACGGAUCGCUUCAGCUGCAGCACCAGCUCGACGGGUAGAAACCCACUCAGACCAGCGACCAUCUGCUCAGUCUGUUUGCCUGCGAAACCAAUACUCACAAUAGUUAAAUACCAGUAACCACUUUAUACACAUACUGUACUAAUAUUAACAGCAUCUGUACUUUUUUUAAAUUGUAUUAUCAAUGAAGGAAAUGUGAGUGAGAAUAUAUCUGUGAAAAUAUAUUUAAGUAAAACUGCAGCAGAGAUUAUUUUUAACACUGAGCACCAAAUGAUGAACCACAUUAACAAAUUUAGUAUGUAUGUUUGUAUGUUUGAAAUUCGUUAUUACAGUAAGCUGUUUGCCCGAUUCUUGAAAUAAUCCAAUAAUGACUUAUUGUAAAUAUAAGCAAAUAUAUACAUACAUUAAUAUAUAUAUAUAUAUAACAAUUCCUGUUGAAUUUGACCUGUUCUCUGCUGUAACUCAUUUACCCUCCAAAUAAAAAUCUUGUUUACAAAGAAAAGACAUGUUUUGUGAAGUGACUUCCUCACACGUAAUCUAUCAAAUUUAAAUCACAUUUUAUUUAUUUUUUCUCUUGUAGUAUUUACAUCUCAACACAGCCUUUGCUCAAGCAGAAA